UGUGAUCAUUACUACAGUCUUGUACCUUUCGGAUGCCCUUCGUAAAAACUUCUUAAAUGAAAACUUUGAUUACAAGUUAUGUCUGCAACUGGAGAUGUUCACACCUUCCAAGAAGAAAAAGGUUUUAGAAAAAUAUGGUGACAUGCGGGUAACAAUGGGAUGUGAAAUCUUCAGCAUGUGGCAAAAUUUAGGGGAACACAAGCUUCACUUUAUUCCAGCAUUGAUUGGCCCCUUCCUGGAAGUGACCUUGAUCCCUCAGCCAGACCUGAGGAAUGUAAUGAUUCCCAUUUUCCAUGACAUGAUGGACUGGGAGCAAAGGCGAAGUGGCAACUUUAAACAGGUGGAAGCCAAACUGAUUGACAAACUGGACAGCCUAAUGUCGGAAGGUAAAGGUGAUGAAACGUACCGAGAGCUCUUCAACAGUAUUCUCCUGAAGAAAAUUGAGCGGGAAACAUGGAGGGAAAGUGGCGUUUCGUUAAUCGCCACUGUGACUCGCCUCAUGGAGAGGUUACUGGACUACAGGGACUGCAUGAAAAUGGGAGAAGUGGAUGGCAAAAAGAUUGGCUGCACUGUUAGCCUUUUGAAUUUUUACAAGACUGAACUGAACAAGGAAGAGAUGUAUAUUCGCUAUAUUCAUAAGCUCUAUGACCUACAUCUGAAAGCACAAAACUUCACAGAGGCUGCCUACACGCUCCUGCUGUACGAUGAGCUGUUGGAGUGGUCUGAUCGGCCGCUCAGAGAAUUUCUCAACUACCCCAUGCAAACAGAGUGGCAACGUAAAGAAUGCCUCCAUCUGACCAUCAUUCAGAACUUUGAUAGGGGAAAGUGUUGGGAAAAUGGCAUUAUCUUGUGCAGGAAAAUUGCAGAACAGUAUGAGAGCUACUAUGACUACAGAAACCUCAGCAAGAUGAGGAUGAUGGAAGCAUCUUUGUAUGAUAAAAUUAUGGAUCAACAGCGUUUGGAGCCAGAAUUUUUCAGAGUUGGAUUCUAUGGGAAAAAGUUCCCAUUCUUCUUGAGGAAUAAGGAAUUUGUUUGCCGAGGACAUGACUAUGAAAGGCUGGAGGCCUUCCAGCAGCGAAUGUUGAAUGAGUUCCCACAUGCUAUUGCUAUGCAACAUGCUAAUCAGCCAGACGAGACCAUCUUUCAGGCAGAAGCACAAUAUUUGCAGAUUUAUGCAGUGACACCAAUUCCAGAAAAUCAGGAAGUCCUGCAGAGAGAUGGCAUUCCCGAUAACAUCAAGAGCUUUUACAAAGUAAAUCACAUCUGGCGAUUCCGAUAUGACCGGCCGUUUCACAAAGGGACUAAGGACAAGGAAAAUGAAUUCAAGGUGGAAAUGAGUCCCCUUGAGAACGCUAUUGAAGUCUUAGAAAAUAAGAACCAGCAGCUGAGAACACUGAUUAGCCAGUGUCAAACUCGACAGAUGCAAAAUAUUAACCCUCUCACAAUGUGUCUAAAUGGGGUCAUUGAUGCAGCAGUUAAUGGUGGAGUUGCUAGGUACCAAGAGUCUUAUGAAAUACUUGAGUCUGCUGGUUGUUCCUUUUCCAUUGAAAAUGUCAAGUUGACUAACGUUGUGUCCCGUUGUCUCAAAGGCUGCAAGAUUCGGUGUUCACUCAACAGUGUUAAAUUUGAUAAAACUGCAUCUCAAUUAAACGACAAGAAAUUUGAGUCUGCUACAGUGUUAGAAUCUGUCAUCAAAACUGCAAG